UGUGGGACGAGUAAGAUGCUGGUGCCCUUCACCCUCGGAAGUAGUUUUGCAGAGAAGACUUACGAGUGGAGCUCAGAGGAGGAGGAGUCCGUGAGGAAGGCAGGACCAGUGCAAGUCCUUAUUGUCAAAGAUGACCAUUCCUUUGAACUGGAUGAAGCCGCACUGAACCGCAUCCUCCUCUCAGAGGCUGUCAGAGAUAAAGAGGUUGUGGCUGUGUCUGUUGCUGGAGCUUUUAGAAAAGGAAAAUCAUUCCUGAUGGACUUCAUGCUGCGGUACAUGUACAAUAAGGAAGCAGUGGACUGUGGAGAUUAUAACGAGCCUCUGACUGGUUUCUCCUGGAGGGGAGGGUCUGAGCGGGAGACAACUGGCAUCCAGAUAUGGAGUGAGGUUUUCCUGGUGGACAAGCCUGAUGGUAAAAAGGUUGCAGUGUUGCUGAUGGACACGCAGGGGACCUUUGACAGCCAGUCCACCCUGAGGGAUUCAGCCACCGUGUUUGCCCUUAGCACAAUGAUCAGCUCGAUACAGGUUUACAACUUGUCACAGAACGUGCAGGAGGAUGAUCUGCAGCACUUGCAGCUUUUCACCGAGUACGGCCGGCUGGCCAUGGAGGAGACAUUCCUGAAACCUUUCCAGUCCCUUAUAUUCCGCGUCAUACACGGACACGCACAUUUUCCAAACGAUAAUAACAUGCCCCAGGCAUGUGGUCAGAGCUACGUCUCGGGAAAUCAGCACGAAGAGCUGCAGAACGUCAGAAAGCACAUUCAUUCCUGCUUCACCAAAAUCUCCUGCUUCCUCUUACCUCACCCGGGCCUGAAAGUUGCCACCAACCCUAAUUUCGAUGGAAAACUGAAAGAAAUAGACGAUGAGUUCAUCAAGAACUUGAAGAUUUUGAUUCCUUGGCUUCUUAGUCCUGAGAGCCUGGAUGUUAAGGAGAUCAAUGGAAACCAUAUCACCUGUCGAGGCCUUGUGGAGUAUUUUAAGGCGUACAUAAAGAUCUACCAAGGGGAAGAAUUGCCACACCCCAAGUCGAUGCUGCAGACACCCCGGGGCUGGAGCUGGAACCAUUUUUCUCUCUUUUUUUUUUUUUUCCCCCCCCAGGCUUUGUACAAACUGUACAGCGCAGCUGCCACUCACAGACAUUUGUACCACCACGCCUUCCCCGCACAGAAAGCGGAACCCGCCGAGGGCUCAGAUAGGAAGACGGUGUGAGCCGGGCGCGCGCCCGGCGAUGCAUGAAGGAGGCGCAGCCCCCUCCUCCUCGGUCCCUCAUCCUCGUACCCAUCACAAGCUCCUGCCGUGGAACAGGGAGAGCAGAGAACAAGCGACGUGUCCGGUGGUUCGGUGUGUUCGUUCAAGCACGGUGUUUGACGGGAAGAUGGCAGCAUGUGUUUUUUUUGUUGUUUUCUUUUUUUUUGUUAAUAUGUACAUAUUGGUGCUGCCGCCAUGACAAAGUGCUUUUAAUUUGUAACAGCCAGCCUACUUCCCAGCUAAUUUAUGAAGCCUUAUUUUACCUUUCUUAAUUAGUUACGAAGUCACUGAAGAAAUCAUCAUUUACAUCAUACAGCAACUAAAAAUCUCCCAGACCUUAGCUUCUUCAAAAGCCAACUUCUUUUCAGAUACUUGAACAAGUUAUAACAUGUAACCGAGUCUUUUCUUCAAUUAACCAUUUAAUUACCUAAUUAAAAAUGUAUUAACUUGCUUUAUCAGAAACUGUAAGGGCACUUCUGCUAUGGUAUGUUAACGAUCUCGUAAGGACAGCCUACUUUUCUGUUCGUAACCGAUGCACAAAGUAUCACUUUGUAUAUGUAUUGGAGAAAGUUUCACUGUAUUUCUGUACAUAUAUUCAUUAUAGUGCAUAGAAAGUGUGUUCAACAGUUCUAUUCUUUUAUCGUCAGAACUAUUAAAGUUUGCUUUCGGUUCCUAAGAA